AUGCAGCAGGCGGACUAUUAUGCGAUCCUGGGGGUUCCAAGGACUGCGUCUAAGGACGGAAUACGAGAGGCUUACAAACUGAAGGCGCUCGAGUUACAUCCUGACAAGAAUCCCGAAGGGGAGGCAAUAUUUAAGUUGGUCGUUAAUGCAUACCAGAUAUUGCGUUCGCCCACUAAGCGUCGAAAGUAUGAUCAAGAGAUAGGCCUGAGAGAAGUUCGGCGGGAUGGUCCUACGGCGCGAGCCCACAAUGUACCGAGACCAAAUGCCACUGAAAGGGCAGCGAACGCGGCGGGCCCUGUUCCCAAUUCUUAUGGUACGCGUACUUCUAGAGCAAACCCGAUGUCAGAAGAGAAAUUGUUUGAAGAUAUCUUUAUGCAGUAUACAAAGGGGACGUACGGGGGCAGUGCCCCGAAUUCGAAAAAUAACUGUGAAGGCUUUCGUAGACCCGGCAACUCGGAAACAAGCUUCUCAGAAUGGUUCAAAAGAAAACAAGAAGAACUUAGACAGGCCGAAGAGGUUUGCAAAGCUAAACUAGACUAUGCAAAACAGUUGGAGACCGAGGAAAAGAAGCGAGCGGAGGAAUGGAGGAAUCUCCAGGAGAAGAGAGAGCGCGAACGGGAAGAGGAGUUGGAGCGCGAGAGGGCAAGGAUGGCGUGGGAAGAAGAGAACCGUCGCCGUGAGAGGGAGGCGGCUACAAGGCAACACAAGGCCGAACAAGAGAAACAGAAGAUGGCUGAGUAUGCUGAGUUUCAGAAGAAACAGCAGGUGGAUCUCGAUACCCAUCUCAAGGAGCUUGCUACUAAAAAGAGAGAACUAGAGGAGGAGCGGCGACGCUUGGCUACUGAGAAGGAACAGGCUCAGCAAGACACAACUGAACAGGAACGCUCACGCCGUGAACGCCAGAGGCAGCGCGAACAAGAUAUAGCAUCGGAAUUGCAAAAAGCGGAGCUGAAGAUAAUAGAAGCCCUUGCUCAACAAGCUCAACACGAAGCAUCGGAGAAAGCUCGAGAGGCGAAGCGGAAACAGGAAGAGGAAGCGCGGUUGAGGCAAGAAGAGCUCCAACGUCAGGAGGAGCAGCACCAGGAAGAGACAUUGCGCCAACUGACCGCUGAGCAGGAGGAAGCACGCCUGAAGGCAACACGAGAGCUUGAUGGGAAACGAAAGGCCUUGUUGGAACAAAUUGUCUUGGAACGCCAGCGUCAUCAAGACGACGUGGAGGCAAUGAGACGUGAAACCGACCGCAUUGAGGCCGAAAUGCAGGCGAAGCUUGAUGCAUUGCGGGAGGCGAAGCGAUCAGGUCAACCAAUUAACUUGGAUGAGUGGAAACUAUAA